UGAAGGCUCAUUGUUAACAUGGUCUGAUCCCAUGAACUUAUUUGGAUCUGAACUGGUUGAGUAUCUUGUAUUAUCUAAUCCUCUUAAUGAUUCAAACAGUGCUGUAGUUAGAGUCAGACUACCUCCUACAGCUAACAGCUAUGAUUUGACUGAUCUUAAUGUUCCAAAUGGGUUUCAUUACAUAUGGGUUCAGGCAGUCAGUAAAAUUGGAGAGGGGGAAUUUUCAACAUCUGUUCUUUAUAAUCGAAGCAACUCAUUCAUGAAUCCAACACUACCAACAGUAAAUAAUGAACCAUUGAUCCUCUCUGUAUCAUUGGGGGCACUUGCACUGAUAGUAUUCAUAGUGUUAGUAAAUGCUUUGUUGUGGAUUGUGCUGGUGAUUAAGAAGAAGAGAAAGCAAAAGAGAAAGAAAGAGCAAAGUGGCUACAUUGAUUCAACUCUUAAUCCUUCAUAUCAAAUGACCACUGCUAGGAGCCCACCUACAACAAUGACAUCUCCUAUUAGUCAGGGCAAUGUUGCAUAUAAUGAAAUAGCUGAGGUUCCUCACUUGAAUAGGUUAAAUCCAAAUGAAAAAUUUUAUGAGGAAAUUGAUGAUAUUGCAGUAGACACUGCUGGUACUGCUACUGCUCCAUCUGCUACACCAACAUACUUGGAAGUUUUCUAGCAACUAAAUUAGCAUCAAUAUUAUUAAUUUUGAUAGA